AUGUCCCGCCCUUUUGCCGAGAACCCAAGCCCAGAGCACCUGGAGCACGACUCAAUGCUCGCACGCAAAUUCGGAAAAGAAACUGCAAACUAUUUCUCAAGUUCCCCUCUUAACCGGGUUUCGUUCCUACGGUCAGAAUCUCCGUUCUUAUCCAGUGCCUUGAGACAUCCCACAGCUCGCUUUUUACUAUUUAAUCAGCUCGCACCUCUCGUACGAUCACCGGCAGAAAUCUUCUAUGCCACGUACAAAGAUGUCGAGUCACUUGUGCCAGCGGACAUGUUUGACAAGUCAGAAGAAGAUGUGCUCAAAUCUUACCAUUCCGGCACCCUGCUCCCUUUACUGGUGUUUUUAGGAUUAGACGAAUCGCGCGCAGAGAUCGGACUGAAGUAUAAGAACUAUGUAGGCGUUCCAUAUUUCGCCUUGGACGUAACACCGAAAGGUGGACUGGAACACAAGGCUAGAGGGAUAAUUGAUACCUUGGAAGCUACUGGACUAUCUUUCUAUAACACACGGACAAUCACUAGCUUCCCGCCAGGAGAUGCCGCAAUCUAUGCCCAAUCCCGCGCCAUAAUAGACUGGAACGUCCGGAACUCCUUCUGCGGCACUUGUGGCCACCCAACGAUUUCCAUACAAGCCGGCACCAAACGAGCCUGUCCACCCAUAGACCUCGGUCUCAUCGAAAACGGAACUUCCUCGGACGGCGCCCGCCCACCCUGUCACACGCGCACCACAUUAUCCAACCUCUGUUUCCCCCGAACAGACCCCACCAUUAUCGUCGCAGUGCUCAGCCACGACGGCAACCGCAUCCUCCUCGGUCGUCAAAAGCGCUGGCCGCCAAACUGGUACUCCACGCUUGCAGGUUUCAUCGAGCCGGGCGAGUCCGUGGAGGACGCCGUGCGUAGAGAAGUCUGGGAAGAGUCCGGCGUGGUGUUGUCGCGCGUGAUUAUACACAGCACGCAACCGUGGCCGUAUCCAGCGAACCUGAUGAUUGGAGCUAUCGCUCAAGUGGCGAAGCCGGAAAAUGAGACGAUUAGUAUCGUGCAUGAUCCGGAGUUGGAGGAUGCGCAAUGGUUCGAGAUCGCUGAGGUUGAGGAGGCCCUGAGAGUCGGCACGAGCGCACUGGGCGCUGAGCCGGGCCCGGAAUAUAAGAAGGGUAGCUUGAGGUUGCCGCCUAAGACGGCGAUCGCCUAUCAGUUGAUAUCUGCGGUGGUCAAGGGUGAGUAUUUGGGCGCUCCGCAUGGGUCGAAGAUAUGA